AGCAUGAAAAUUUAUUUGAAUUAACUACUGAAUAUUAUUUUGAUUUGGAUAUCAAUUUUGAAUAUAAUGAAUUUGUUGAAAAUACUAUUUAUCUUGUAUGUAAUCCAACUGCUAAAUGGGAAUUGGCUGAAUUGUUUGUAGAAGAUUUAGAAGCACUAUUUUAUUUUUAUCAGUUUGAAAAUAAGACAUAG